GGACAGUUAUAGAGGACAGGAGGUUUAAUAAUGGACAGUUAUAGAGGACAGGAGGUUUAAUAAUGGGCAGUUAUAGAGGACAGGAGGUUAUAGAGGACAGGGGGUUAUAGAGGACAGGAGGUUUAAUAAUGGACAGUUAUAGAGGACAGGAGGUUAUAGAGGACAGGAGGUUAUAGAGGACAGGAGGUUAUAGAGGACAGGAGGUUUAAUAAUGGACAGUUAUAGAGGACAGGAGGUUUAAUAAUGGGCAGUUAUAGAGGACAGGAGGUUAUAGAGGACAGGGGGUUAUAGAGGACAGGAGGUUUAAUAAUGGACAGUUAUAGAGGACAGGAGGUUAUAGAGGACAGGAGGUUAUAGAGGACAGGAGGUUAUAGAGGACAGGAGGUUUAAUAAUGGGCAGUUAUAGAGGACAGGAGGUUUAAUAAUGGACAGUAAUAGAGGACAGGAGGUUAUAGAGGACAGGAGGUUUAAUAAUGGACAGUUAUAGAGGACAGGAGGUUAUAGAGGACAGGAGGUUUAAUAAUGGACAGUUAUAGAGGACAGGAGGUUUAAUAAUGGGCAGUUAUAGAGGACAGGAGGUUAUAGAGGACAGGAGGUUUAAUAAUGGGCAGCUAUAGAGGACAGGAGGUUUAAUAAUGGGCAGUUAUAGAGGACAGGAGGUUUAAUAAUGGGCAGUUAUAGAGGACAGGAGGUUUAAUAAUGGGCAGUUAUAGAGGACAGGAGGUUUAAUAAUGGACAGUUAUAGAGGACAGGAGGUUAUAGAGGACAGGAGGUUUAAUAAUGGACAGUUAUAGAGGACAGGAGGUUUAAUAAUGGACAGUUAUAGAGGACAGGAGGUUUAAUAAUGGACAGUUAUAGAGGACAGGAGGUUUAAUAAUGGACAGUUAUAGAGGACAGGAGGUUAUAGAGGACAGGAGGUUAUAGAGGACAGGAGGUUUAAUAAUGGACAGUUAUAGAGGACAGGAGGUUAUAGAGGACAGGAGGUUAUAGAGGACAGGAGGUUUAAUAAUGGGCAGUUAUAGAGGACAGUAGGUUUAAUGAUGGACAGUUAUAGAGGACAGGAGGUUUAAUAAUGGACAGUUAUAGAGGACAGGAGGUUACAGAGGACAGGAGGUUUAAUAUUGGACAGUUAUAGAGGACAGGAGGUUUAAUAAUGGACAGUUAUAGAGGACAGGAGGUUUAAUAAUGGACAGUUAUAGAGGACAGGAGGUUAUAGAGGACAGGAGGUUUAAUAAUGGACAGUUAUAGAGGACAGGAGGUUUAAUAAUGGGCAGUUAUAGAGGACAGGAGGUUAUAGAGGACAGGAGGUUUAAUAAUGGGCAGUUAUAGAGGACAGGAGGUUAUAGAGGACAGGAGGUUUAAUAAUGGGCAGUUAGAGAGGACAGGAGGUUUAAUAAUGGACAGUUAUAGAGGACAGGAGGUUUAAUAAUGGGCAGUUAUAGAGGACAGGAGGUUAUAGAGGACAGGAGGUUUAAUAAUGGGCAGUUAUAGAGGACAGGAGGUUUAAUAAUGGACAGUUAUAGAGGACAGGAGGUUUAAUAAUGGACAGUUAUAGAGGACAGGAGGUUUAAUAAUGGGCAGUUAUAGAGGACAGGAGGUUUAAUAAUGGGCAGUUAUAGAGGACAGGAGGUUUAAUAAUGGGCAGUUAUAGAGGACAGGAGGUUAUAGAGGACAGGAGGUUUAAUAAUGGGCAGUUAUAGAGGACAGGAGGUUUAAUAAUGGGCAGUUAUAGAGGACAGGAGGUUAUAGAGGACAGGAGGUUUAAUAAUGGGCAGUAAUAGAGGACAGGAGGUUUAAUAAUGGGCAGUUAUAGAGGACAGGAGGUUAUAGAGGACAGGAGGUUUAAUAAUGGGCAGUUAUAGAGGACAGGAGGUUUAAUAAUGGACAGUUAUAGAGGACAGGAGGUUUAAUAAUGGACAGUUAUAGAGGACAGGAGGUUUAAUAAUGGACAGUUAUAGAGGACAGGAGGUUUAAUAAUGGGCAGUUAUAGAGGACAGGAGGUUUAAUAAUGGACAGUUCUAGAGGACAUUAGGUUAUAGAGGACAGAAGAUUUAAUAAUGGACAGUUAUAGAGGACAGGAGGUUAUAGAUGAUAGGAGGUUUAAUAAUGGACAGUUAUAGAGGACAGGGGGUUAUAGAGGACAGGGGGUUUAAUAAUGGACAGUUAUAGAGGACAGGAGGUUAUAGAGGACAAGGAGGUUUAAUAAUGGACAGUUAUAGAGGACAGGAGGUUUAAUAAUGGGCAGUAGUAUAGGGCAUAUAUCCUUGUGUUUCUGCCAAAACGUGCUGUGUAGAAAUAGAGCAGGGCUUCGAUGUUUUUUAACGAUAGCGUUAAAUGUCUUCAACAACAACCAAUAUCUAUAUAUCAUGCUAUAGAAAUGUACAUCUGUAUCAAAUGUUAAUUUUACAGUAUGUCCUGUGAAACGAUGUGUUGAGUAUUGUAAACCAGCAUAGAGAGAGAGAGAGAGAUAGAGAGAGAGCAGAUCUAUGUGUUUUAGUCGUAGACGUAGAAUCUCUUUAAAACGGGACCGAGAACCUCUAAAACCGUGUGGCAAUUUGACUGGUAGACUCCAUGAUUUUACACACACCGUUAAUGGCUGCCAGUCCACCCAUUAUGACAUCAUUGACUGGAAUGGGGAAGGUCUGUUCUAUAGAUUCUAUUUCUACGGUUUGUAUUUCUAGGAUAAUGAUGAUGAUCUCUGUGUCUCUCUGGACUGACUGAAGGAGUACCUUCCUGCAUGAUCUGUUACUAUGAUUUAAAACAAACUGUAGAACAAUGUACUAUUUAUUAGCAGUUAAACAGAGAGUUGGUCCAGUGAGUGUGCUUUUGUAUAAUAUAUAUCUCUAGAAUAGUAUGCAAUACAACUGCUUUACAUGUGCCACAGUAUUUUACAGAAAAAUAUAUAUAUAUAUUCAAUAAAAUCAAAAAAAAAUUCUGACGGGUUUUUUUGGAGGGUGGGGGGGAUUGUUCUAUGGAAUGUUUGUGAUUCUAGAUUCUUUGUUUGUAUUGUUCUAUGGAAUGUUUGUGAUUCUAGAUUCUUUGUUUGUAUUGUUCUAUGGAAUGUUUGUGAUUCUAGAUUCUUUGUUUGUAUUGUUCUAUGGAAUGUUUGUGAUUCUAGAUUCUUUGUUUGUAUUGUUCUAUGGAAUGUUUGUGAUUCUAGAUUCUUUGUUUGUAUUGUUCUAUGGAAUGUUUGUGAUUCUAGAUUCUUUGUUUGUAUUGUUCUAUGGAAUGUUUGUGAUUCUAGAUUCUUUGUUUGUAUUGUUCUAUGGAAUGUUUGUGCUUCUACUGCCUUAAUUUUGCUGUGUGUGUGUGUGUGUGUGUGUGUGUGUGUGUGUGUGUGUGUGUGUGUGUGUGUGUGUG